AUGCCAAGCAAGAUUGUCAUCAUCGGCGCCGGCUUCGCAGGAGUCUGGAGCGCCCUCUCAGCUCAACGCCUUAUCAACCUCAGAAACAAGGAGAAAGACAUUGAGAUCAUCGUCAUCGCACCCGAACCAUGGCUGACUCUGCGACCACGUCUCUACGAAGCUAAUGCUUCAACCAUGAAGCAGCCCCUCGAACCACUUUUCAAGGCUGCUGGCAUCACCUUCCUCCAAGGCAGUGCCGAAACUAUCGACACCGACUCGCAGACAGUUCACGUUCAAUCUUCUUCAAGCGAUAACUCCGAUGUUCAUUUCGAUCGACUUAUUCUAGCAGCUGGAAGCGCAGUUGUACGACCCAAGAGCGUCGCUGGUCUUGAUCAAUACGCAUUUGACGUUGACUCUCUCGCCGGUGCUACCAAACUCGAAGCUCAUCUCAAGAAUCUGGACUCCGUUCCCGCCAGCAAAAGCCGCGACACUGUGGUUGUUUGCGGCGGUGGCUUCACCGGUAUCGAAAUGGCAGCAGAGCUCCCCAAUCUCCUCAAACACAUCCCGAACCCCAAUGUCAUCCUCGUUGAAAGCGCUUCAGAUAUUGGCCCUGAGCUCGGAGCAGGUCCACGUCCCACCAUCAUGAAAGCCUUGGGGGCUCUCGGAGUCGAACUCAAGCUUGGGGUUGCAGUUACUGCUGUUGAUGCCAAUGGAGUACAGCUCAGUUCCGGCGAGCGCAUCGAUACAAAGACCGUCAUCUGGACAGCCGGCAUGCGCGCAACACACUUAACCCAACAAAUCCCCGGAGCAAAAGACACACUCUCUCGUCUCUACGUAGACCCGGAUCUCCGCGUCACAGACUGCAAAAACGUCCUUGCCACAGGCGACGCCGCCCAUGCCGCUGCUGAUACAAACGGCCACAUCGCCCUAAUGUCCUGCCAACACGCCACCAUCCUCGGCCGUUUCUCCGGCCACAACGCAGCAGCAGAUUUACUCGACGAGUCAACCAUCCCGUACUCUCAGCCAGGAUACACUACAUGUCUUGACUUGGGGCCAUGGGGCGCACUGCUAGCUCACGGAUGGGAGAGAGAUGUCAAAAUUACAGGAAUAUUAGCAAAGCAGGCGAAACGGUAUAUUAACCAGAAAUUGAUCGUGCUGCCGCUGGAUGCUACUGAGGCGAUGAGUGCUGCGGAUCCAGCUGCGUAUAGUAUGGAGAGUCUCUACAAGAGUAUUUUCAGUGCACUGGGAUGGAUAUGGUGUAAUUGGGAGGUGAAGUAG